UGUUACACAGGAUACUUUAUUGUUUCCUUGCCUAUUGCAAUCGUUUUCAAUGGGAUAAGCCUAAAAGUAAUUUUGUGAAGUAAAAAUCAUGUAAACAUCUUUGAGGGAAAGUGAUUGUAUUGAAAAAUGUUGCACCAUUAUUCGGCCUCGCUAUUGCAUUAACAUAAAGCGCUGUUAAAAUCCUGUACAUUUUUGUUGAAAUCAGUGACACCAAGAAUAAACUUAAGGAAGUAUCAAGGCAGCCACUGCGUAGCCUUUUGCUAGUUGUCAAAUUAGGUAGCAACCGUAUCAUAUUUGGUUUAAUUCGCUUUUUAUUAUGGACCAAGCUGUCAGCGUCAAUGCAGACCGAGAUAUGCCAUAUGAAAGUGAGGGUCAGAGAUCGCGCUGGAGAAAUUGGAGUGGUUUUUGGUGGCUGGGGUUGUGCAAUAACUUUGCAUACGUGGUGAUGCUAAGUGCGGCCCAUGACAUCUUAAAACAACAACAGUCGCACAACUCCACGACGCCUACCCCAGCCCCCGUUGGCAACAGUAGUCGCUAUGACUGCAACCCUGUUUCUACGGCGGCUGUUCUGUUGGCUGACAUCCUUCCCACGCUCGUCAUCAAGUUUUCUGCUCCAUUCUUCAUCCACCAACUCCCUUAUGGUUUCCGAGUGUUGGUGUGCGUUGCCACAGCAAUCACAAGCUUCCUUAUGGUGUCCUUCUCUUCUACAGUGUGGAUGAGUAUUUGGGGUGUGAUCUUUGCAAGUGUAAGCUCCGGAUUGGGGGAACUCUCCUUCCUCUCUCUCACCGUCUACUUCAGCAGAGAUGUGUUAGCGGGCUGGGGCUCAGGCACCGGUGGGGCGGGGGUGGCUGGGGCCUUGCUUUACUCCGGCCUCACGCAGGCCAGCCUCUCGCCCAGGGACACACUGCUUGUCAUGCUGGUUGUCCCCAUUGCCAUGAUGAUCAGCUAUUUUUUCUUGCUGGUUUUUCCCCCGACCUUCCCACAGUGGAAGUGCAGCAUGGCGGAGUCUGUGAGGGGAGGAGACUCAAACAACAGGCGGCCCCUAUUGGGUGACUGUGAUGAUGAGGACGAGGAGUGGGAGAAGAGUAAUGAAGGCCAUAUUCUCUCCCUUCUGAAUAUAACAGAAGACAAGGCUACUGGACCACUGAGCUUCAUUGAGAAAUUACACAUCAUGAAAGGUCUGCUUAAGUUUGUGUUUCCACUGGGCGUGGUCUACUUUGCCGAGUAUUUCAUCAACCAGGGCCUGUUGGAACUUCUAUAUUUCCCCCAGUUCUCUCUGACACAUGCAGAGCAAUAUCGCUGGUACCAGACGUUGUACCAGGUGGGAGUGUUAGUCUCGCGUUCCUCUCUCUGCUGUGUGAAGAUCCGGAGUAUCUGGGUUCUCGCUCUGCUACAGUUUGUGAACGCAGCGGUGCUGACUCUGGCAGUGUACUUCCACUUCCUGCCAAGUGCAAUCCUGGUGUUUGUGAUAGUGCUCUAUGAGGGACUGCUGGGAGGAGCCGCCUACGUCAAUACAUUCUACUUCAUCAGCAAAGAGACGGGAGACAGAGAGAGGGAGUUUGCCAUGGCGGCAGCUAGUGUAGGAGACAGUCUGGGCAUUGCCCUCUCUGGCGUCGCAGCUUUCCCGGUCCACAGAUACUUCUGCUCACUAUAAGAGACAUACAGUACACACACAGAGGUGAGAGUUGUAUGAGAGGGUAGAAUCAUCUCAUCAGGUUAUUUCCUUAGAUGUUGCUCUCCGCAACUGGCAUGGAUGUAAAUUGCUUUGCUGAAAGGAGAAGUUCACUGACUUUUGUGUUGAUUAAUCCCCGAAACAGUUUGGGAUGUUUUGUUGCAUAAUUGGUUGUCAUCAAUUGCUUAAACUACAAGGCAUUAGGAAAAUGUGGCUAAGCAUGCUAUAUAUAGAGAAUUGACUAAAAGCACAGAGUGUAAAUAAGGUCACAUCAAAUGAUAUUUGUCACGUGCCAGACAACGGUGUGCCCUUUAAAGUGAAAUGCUUACUAACAAGCUCUUUCCCUACAGUGCAGUUAGAAGUAAUAAUACCAUUUAAAAAUUAGGAUAUAAAAAUAGAAAGGAUUAAACACAAGAAUAAAGUUAGCAAAAAAUAAUGAAAGGAGUGGGGAGAUACAGGGAUAACUGGUACCAGGGGCGGCGCCAGCCGAUUUUGCCGGGGCUUCAGCCCCGGAUGUUUUGAGUGUAGCCCCGAAUCUCAAAUGAGGGAAUUUUUAUUUUUUAUUUUUUUUAAGCCUAUGUAAACCCGCGAAAUCAUAAGUUGUCCUAUUUCGUUGCGCUUUGGCUUUGCACGUACUGCAUACAGCCUGUAAAAAUAUACCUUAAAAAUAAUCUAGCCAUAUAGGCCUACAUUACUUUGCUGCCGUUUCUUCCUCCCUUUUGAAUAUGUAGCAGGUAGGGGAGGGGCUAGCCUAGUAGCAAAGUCAAGUGUCUGAGCGUGCAAUUUAAUAACGACAGACAGCGAGCGGGAAAUGAAAAAUGAAGCAAACAAGACUUUGGGGGUUCUUUGGAAAGAGGUCAGUGGGUAAGAAAUGAAUUCAGUUUUUUUAUCCUUUAAAUCUAAAGAUCAUCUUCUGGCUGUCUUUCAUUGUAUGUCUAUUUGUUAACUACUGUAGCUAGUUAUUAUGCUACUAGCAUCACUUGUAUGUUACUAGUAGCAUCUGAUAUAAAAAAAAACUCUUCGAGUGAUCCCUGUAUUUGCAUAAAAUGCUCUGGGCUAAGCCCCGGAUGUCCUUCAAUGCUGGAAACGCCCCUGACUGGUACUGUCGAAUAUGCCAGGGUGCACAGACUGCAUAUUCUACAGUACCAGGUGUUCCUGUAUAUCCCACUUCGUUUUAUUUCUUUUUUGCAAUACCUUAUUCUAUUAUUAUGUUCAAUCCUUUCUAUAUAUGUAUAAACAUAUAUUUAAUGUUUAUCAAUGAAUAUAUAAAUUAAAAAACCAAAUUAAAUAGGAAAAGUAGCUGCAGAAAAUCUUAUUUGUGUGAAGAGUCAGUAAGUGUUCACAGGGUCAGUGCAGAUAGACCAGUAUAUAUAUAUAUAGUCUCAUGAGUAGAAGCUAUCUCAGAGCCUAUUGGUCCGAGUGCCAAUGUUUCAGUAACAUUGGCCAGACAUUAGCAGAAUGAACAAGUUGUGGAGUCACGUUAAAAUCUAUGAACGUUCCCUUCUAAUGUUCAUCUGAAUUUUUGUUAUGACUUGUCAGUUUUGACAAUUACGGUACAUACGUUCCUGGUUCAGUAUAUUCAUGCAGGUGUGUAGUCAAUUCCUCCAUUUAGAUUCCUUCAUUUACAACCUGGACUUUUCUAGUUUCAUAUCACUUUAAAGGAGUUGAUAACUGUCACUUGCCAAAUGUAACAUCUUUCAUUCUGCCAUCACCAAAGACAAACACAACAUCUAUAAAUUUGUCUUUGUUAAAUUAUUAGGAUUGUACUUGUUUUAUUUGACUAGAUUUGUAAGUGGUGUAUUGUAGUCAGAUCAUUUGUUUUACCAACUAACUUUGUCUUGCUGCUAUUAUUAAGUUGGUUACUAAUGGUUACUAAUGUGUUAGAACCCUAACUCCACUAACCAUAUUUACAGUACAUGUUAUAACUUUAUAGUCAAUCAGUGUUAUGGUAUGUUUUGAAAACCUGACUUUGGAUAUUAAGUAAUUAAAGAUAUUUUUUUGUUAUAA